CACAUUUUUCACACCUAUAUUUCUCAGAAAUGGCACGUCAAGAAGUCAAGCUGUUUUCUUUUGUGUUGGUGAUUUUAUUCAGUGUUGUUCUUUUCAUAAUGUCUCAGGGAAAUUUACCAAGUAACGUCAGAUAUAGAUGGAUAGCCAUGUCGGCAGUAAAACAUUUCAAAGGUCUAAGCAUUUAUAAAAAUGAAAGAUUGUGGCAAAAUGAAGGAAAUGUGACCUUACGGAAUGCUACAAGGGAUUCAUUGACGAUGUUAGAGAUGGAUCAAAUGAAUAAAUCUCGUGUUGAAUAUCCCAUUCCAAUGAUACACAAAAGAUAUUUCAAGAAGCUUCCUCAGUGGACUUUUGAGGAUAUUUAUAACUUGGAUGCUCCGCCAAGACCUACGAAAUGUGCCCAGUCUCUGCGCAACUCAAAGGAUGAGGACUUUCAGAAGGCUUUCCUUCCCAACAUUCGCAUGUUUCUGCACAAAGAUAACAUCAACAUGAGAGAGUGGAACCGCCUUUCUCAUUUCAACAAUCCCUUUGGCUUUAUGGAUAUGGCGUAUGAAGAUGUAAUGCCAGUGUUGAAGCUGAUCUCAAAGCCCAAGGAACCGCUGCUCCGCCCAAAACCAGGCGGGGAUGGCUGCAUUCACUGUGCCGUGGUGGGAACGGCAGGCAUCCUGAACGGCUCCAAAAUGGGCGCUGAGAUUGAUGCUCACGACUACGUGUUUCGGAUGAACGGCGCCGUGACCGAAGGCUACGAGGAAGACGUGGGGAACAGAACAUCCGUGUAUGUUCACACAUCUUUCUCCAUCUCUUCGUCCCUUUAUUUAUUCAAGAAGUACGGAUACAAGUCGGCUCCACAUGAUGAGGGUAUAAAGUACGUCAUGAUUCCUGAGGGGAUGAGGGAUUACAAGUUUCUCAAGGCUCUGAUCAGAGAAGACCAGGAGUCUAAAAAGAACCCCAGAAUUUACUAUUCAGGUCAGUACAACGAGAGCCGGUUUUAUGUUCUGCACCAGGAUUUCCUGCGAUACGUACGAAACAGGUUUUUAAAAUCAAACAAUCUUAAUCGAGGAUACUGGGCAAUCGUUCGUCCAACCAACGGGGCAUUCACUGUCUUUACAGCUCUGCACGCUUGUGACACAGUGAGUGCCUACGGAUUCAUCACGGAAGACUACAAAAAAUACUCCUGCUACUACGUCGAGAGGCACCUGAAAACCAACGUGAUUUUCUACAGCAACCACGACUACGUCAUGGAGAAGAAUUUAUGGAAGUGGCUUCAUGACAAAAAGAUAAUAAAGCUUUACCAAAGAACUUGAUCACAAGAUGGGAUCCGCAAACAGUUCUGAAACUCUGAGGAUAACUGUUGCAUAUUUUCAAAACAAAAUAUACGGAAAGUGUAAUUACUCUGGUUUGGGUCAUGCUUUUACAAUGGCUUAAAUAAAUGUGAAAUGUA